CCAGGUGCAUCACAUAGCCAUCGAUCAACACGAAUUCUCUCAUGAGGUUAGGCUUUCCUCGAAUCGGCUCGUGGAGCGUUCAUGGAUCCGAAAACCGGCUCGGGUGAGGAGCACGUCAACCGCGACGAAAUUAAAAUCGAUAAAAAUAAUAAGAAGAGAGGUGUUGCUUGUUCUCUCUCUCUCACUCUCUGCGCCCAAAUCUCGCUCAACGGCACCUUUCAUUAACUCCGAGAUUGCCAUUGCCUCUCUCUCUCUCUCUCUCUCUCUCUCUGUGCAUUACUCUCUCUCUCCCAUGGCGGACGGACUCAGUGAGUCAGAGGCAGGUGGAGAGAGGGGAGAGGGAGUGGUCUGAACUCUGAACUCUGAAGUGAGUGCGCGCGCGUGUGAACGCUGUGGAAAAUGGAGCCAGUGAUGAUGCCUGCUCUCCUCCUCCUCCUCCAUUAACGCCUCCCGAUCCCUCCUCACCCGAUUCGCCCCGUUCCAUUGUUGCCCUAUCUCCGCCAUUAACGGUCACCUCCCACCUCCCUCAAAUUCACCAUCUCCCUCUGCUGCUCUCACUGGUUGCUGCGUUGAAAAAUCGGAAGAGACCGAUCCGUACGGCGGCUUCGUUGUUUAAUCUGUGCGUAACUGGGAGAGAAUGUUGACCUGCAUAGCGUGCUCCAAGCAGCAGCAGCAACGGCUGAACGAUGGAUCCCUUCACCAGCAAGACGACGAGGACGCUGCGGCCACUCCUCGAACGAAGCAAGCCAUCAAGGCCCUCACUUCUCAGAUCAAGGAUAUGGCUGUGAAGGCUUCGGGGGCGUACAGGAACUGCAAGCCAUGUUCAGGAUCAAAUAACAACCACAAACAUAACUAUGCAGACUCUGAUGCCGCAUCAGAUUCGGCUCGAUUCCAUGGUUCCUACCGCAGGACUGGCACUGGCACCCCGAGGUUGUGGGGUAAAGAAAUGGAGGCCAGGUUGAAAGUUCUUUCGAGUGGCGAGACUACCCCAGCAUCCGUUAGUGGGCGCACGGAAUCUGUGGUUUUCAUGGAGGAAGAUGAACCCAAGGAGUGGGUUGCACAGGUGGAGCCUGGCGUGCUGAUCACUUUUGUUUCGUUACCUCAAGGAGGGAAUGACCUCAAACGGAUACGUUUCAGCCGUGAAAUGUUCAACAAAUGGCAAGCUCAGAAAUGGUGGACAGAGAAUUAUGAUAAAGUCAUGGAACUUUACAAUGUUCAGCAUCUCAAUCAUCAAGCUGUUCCUCUUCCAGCCCCACCAAGAUCUGAAGAUGAGGGCUUGAAGAAUGAAUCUGCUAAGGACAGCCCCGUGACUCCAGCUCUGAGCAAAGAGCGCCUACCUCGUAAUUUCCAAUGUCCAACAGGCACAAAGUACUCGUCAUCAGACUCACUUGAUCAACGCCCAAUGCAAUCUCGGCACUACUAUGACUCAGCAGGUCUGGCUUUGACCCCAAAGGUCUCGGGCACUAGUGUAGCAAAAACAGAGACGUCAUCAGUCGAUGGCUCCAUUUCGUCGAGAGACCACUCUGGAGAACUUUCCGUGAGCAAUGCCAGUGAUAUGGAGACAGAAUGGGUUGAAGAAGAUGAACCGGGGGUUUACAUCACUAUCCGAGCACUGCCAGGCGGAGUGCGGGAGCUUAGGCGAGUCCGUUUCAGCCGAGAAAGGUUUGGUGAGAUGCAUGCGAGGUUGUGGUGGGAGGAGAACCGAGCGAGGAUACAGGAGCAGUACUUGUAACCAGGGGUGGAGGAACAUAUCUUAUAGCACAAGAGGUUCUUCUUAGAGAUUUGCAACUUCUACUUUCUUAAUUUAAACACAACCCUAAAAUUUAGCAGUCCUAGGUUCAGAGUACAUCUUCUUCGAGUACACAAAGCUCUCAUACUAUUCAAAUUUGUGCCAAACCUUUACUUGUUCAGGUUAGAUGUAUUUUCCUGAGCUUCCAGUGCAUUGCCUGUAUUUUUCAUGCACACUGAAAGAUCGUGGACCCCCAGUUCGGGCUGGUCAGACACGUCGGGAUGUCUCUUCUAAGCUUAUGUGAAUGCAUUUCAGAAACAGAUUACAGCAUCAGUAAGCGACCUGAACAACUCGUUAACAGAGAGAUGGUUCGUCGGUGUAAUGCAAUGGAAAAGGGUUGUGGGUCUCUGAGAUUGGUGACGCAGUAUGGGGAUCGAAGUUUAAUUAUUAUAAUCUUAAUUAGCUUAGAAAUGCUCCACUGCUUGUUUAGAUCGAUAAUUGCAGAACUUGCUGCACAGAAAACAAUUGAUUUUUUUUUUCCCCUGUAAAGAAGAUCCACGGUUUAAUAAUAACCUCAGUUAACCUU